UCCCGGCCGUGUGACAGGGCACCGGGGGCCGGCGGUGCUCUCACGGAGCUCCGUGGGUCUCCCAGGGGUGGUUUCGGUAGCGGAGCCCGCACCGGCGAUCCUGCCAAAAUCGGAGCCUUUAAAACGGGGAGGAGCGAGCAUCGCCAGGGCUUUAAAUGGGAUUGUGCGGCCCAGCCUGUCACCUCGCCAAGGAACGGGCAGGUUGUGGAGAGCGUGGUUUAAGAUAAAUUUCUGAAUCGUCCAAGUGUCCGUGCUCUACAUUUGCAAGCAGAGCAUGGCCAGGGAGUCCCGCCCCACCGCGGAACUGUGUGACAGAUCUGGGACUGUACCCACGUGUCCACAAAGGGUUUUAAUAAUCACGGGCAAAUGACCCAGCUUUGUGAACUGAUCAAUAAAAGUGGAGAGCUGCUAGCAAAAAACCUUUCCCACCUGGAUACAGUGCUCGGUGCCCUGGAUGUACAGGAACACUCACUAGGUGUUCUUGCUGUCUUGUUUGUGAAGUUUUCUAUGCCCAGCAUCCCUGACUUCGAAACGUUAUUCUCACAGGUGCAGCUUUUUAUCAGCACUUGCAAUGGAGAACACAUCAGAUAUGCAACAGACACUUUUGCUGGCCUGUGCCACCAGUUAACAAAUGCCCUUGUGGAGAGAAAACAGCCCCUGCGAGGAAUUAGCAUUCUCAGACAAGCCAUAGACAAGAUGCAGAUGAACACAAACCAGCUGACCUCAAUACACGCAGAUCUCUGCCAGCUCUGUUUGUUAGCAAAAUGCUUUAAACCUGCCCUCCCGUAUCUAGAUGUGGACAUGAUGGAUAUUUGUAAAGAGAAUGGGGCAUAUGAUGCGAAGCACUUUUUAUGUUACUACUACUAUGGUGGGAUGAUAUACACUGGGCUAAAGAACUUUGAAAGAGCACUCUACUUUUAUGAACAGGCAAUAACUACUCCAGCCAUGGCAGUCAGUCAUAUUAUGUUGGAAUCAUAUAAAAAGUAUAUCCUAGUUUCUUUGAUACUACUUGGUAAAGUUCAGCAGCUACCAAAAUACACUUCCCAGAUAGUUGGUAGAUUCAUUAAGCCUCUUAGCAAUGCUUACCAUGAAUUAGCACAAGUUUAUUCAACCAAUAAACCCUCGGAGCUUCGAAAUCUGGUGAACAAACACAGUGAAACUUUCACAAGAGAUAACAAUAUGGGGCUGGUGAAGCAAUGCUUGUCAUCUCUCUACAAAAAGAAUAUUCAGAGGCUAACCAAGACAUUUUUAACAUUGUCAUUACAAGACAUGGCAAGUCGAGUGCAGCUGUCGGGGCCCCAAGAAGCAGAAAAAUAUGUCCUCCACAUGAUAGAAGAUGGUGAAAUCUUUGCAAGUAUUAAUCAGAAAGAUGGUAUGGUCUGUUUCCAUGAUAAUCCUGAAAAAUAUAACAAUCCAGCUAUGCUUCAUAACAUUGAUCAGGAGAUGCUGAAAUGUAUAGAGCUUGAUGAACGACUGAAAGCCAUGGAUCAAGAGAUCACUGUGAACCCUCAGUUUGUGCAGAAGAGUAUGGGCUCUCAAGAAGAUGACUCAGGGACCAAACCAUCCAGUUAUUCUUGAAAUUAAUGUUGCUCACCACUCCGCUUUCAAGUAAAAGCUUAUGAAAGAAUCACGCCUGGAGCAGGGCAUUGAGGAGUUCCACAAAGAGAGCAGAGAGAACUGAGCUUUGCUUUUCACCUGGACAUUAAGAAAAUAAAAGAACACCCUCUCAGUACUGUAUAAUAUCAGAAAUAUUCUCUGCAAAGAAAAAGGAAAUCUCAAAAGAAACUUGAAAGUCUGUUGUGGAUUUAUUUAUCUUCAGAUUAACAUUGUUAAUGCAUUAAAUAAUCUACCUUUUGUUUUAAAGGGUUUGAAUGUUGCCGUGUUUCUGUAGCAGUCCUUCUCUUCUGCAAAAGAAAGUGUUAUUCAGGGAAGAAUACAAACUAGUGUUGGUUCACUUACAAGAUAAUUAUUGGUUCAUUAUUCUGUAUUUAAAGUUGGCUCAAAGUGCAGAUUUAUCGUAUGUGUGGUGGGGGCAGAGGGGUGGAGUUCAAGCAAAUCAUAAUGUAGGGAAUUUGCCUGUGCCCAGUGCUGUCUGUGAAAUGAGGAAAUAAGAACUGUUCUUCCCAAAAGGAUGAGGAUAUCAUCGUGUCCUUGUAAGGAAGUUUGCUGCACAGUAGGAAUCAUAUAUGGAAAACAUUCAUGACAGCUGUUUAUGAUUUUACGUUUCUGUUGCAAAAUAUCUGCUAAUAUUAUUUGCUCUUAGAUGAAACUUACUAGACCUAAACAAGAGGAUAUUUGGAAAACGUUGGAGUUGUGGAGGAUUCUAGAUAGGAAGUUGUUUACACUGAAAGAAAUUUUAGAUGUUUGUUUCUGUGCAGCUGGCAUGAAGGUAUUCAACAGGCUGAUAGUUUCUUUGGUGGAAGCCAGUGUUUCUGCAUGGAACAUAAACAGUUCUAUACAGCUCUCAAAAUGCAGGAUUUUAUUCAGAUAUAAUGUGUUGGAAUGGUACCUGGUUUUUAAUUUACUAUUUUAAACUUUGUUAUUGGAUUCUUUAAAGUGCUUCACCCCUUAAAUCAAUGGGCUGUUUAAUUUUCUGUCGUUCUUGUGUAUCUGAAGAUUCUCACUGUUCAAACACCUUCCUGUCAGGCAGAAAUAAACCUGUCAUCAAGUCAGAAAA